GUUUUUCUGUUAGACCCUGUAAAUAAGUUUGUAUAUAAAAAGCGCCCUUUCAAAUAAUAAAUGUCACAAUUUUAAAACUAAAAUUAAAAUUUGACAUUGACAAGAGAAAUAUGAUUAAUUUUGAAAAUGUUUGCCGUACCUGUUCACUUCAAGGUGAAUUACAGUCUCUAUUUGUUGAAGGGGGUUUACUAAAUCCUGCAGAAAUGUUAAACGAAAUUGUUGAAAUUAAGGUAAUAAAAGGCGAUAACUAUCCACAAAAUAUUUGUGUAAGAUGUUUGGAUGUUCUAAAAUCAGCGUAUCUAUUUAAGAAUCAAUGCCAUCAAGUGUAUAAGAAAUUCGAACAAUAUUUAUCAGAAACCAUUGUGAAUUCCGAUUGUAAAGAAGAAGUUAUUGAUGCUGUUUAUAUUAAAGAGGAAAAAGAAUUCGAUUGUUCAGAAACUAAUGAAGAUUGGUUUCAACUACCAAAUAACGAACAAGAAAAUAACACGUCAGUACAGGCUUAUAAUUGUGAAAAAUGUAGUGCGGGAUUUCAAAAUCAAAAAUCUUAUGAACGACAUUUAAAAAAACAUGAAAAAUUGUUCAUAUGUACAAUUUGUGGUGGUCAAUUUUCUCGUAAAUAUAAUUUGGAACAACAUAGUCGUACACAUUUUAGUGACAAGCCAUUUAAUUGUGAAUAUUGUGCGAAAACGAUGAAAAAUAAACAGCAACUGGAAUGUCACAUAAAAUUUGAACAUGAUCAUGAAAUUGGAACUGCAAAUGAGGCAAACCAACAAAUUGUGAAACAAGUUAGACAAAAAAAAUUUAUUUGUGAUUUCUGUGGACGUGGAUACACUCAAGCUUAUAAAUUGACCCUUCAUAUUAGAACCCAUACCGGUGAAAAACCUUUAUCAUGUAAUGAUUGUGAUAAAUCAUUUCAUAGUCACUCACUUUUAAGCCAACAUAAACGAAUACAUCAUUCAACUGAAAAACCAUAUAAAUGUAAGUUUUGUGAAAAAUCGUUUGCACUUCCACGAUGGUUAAAAGCACAUUUAAUGAUACAUACAAAUGAUAAACCAUUUACAUGUGAUGUUUGUAAUCAAACAUUUCGACAAAAACAUCAUUUGGAUCGACAUCAACUCUUACAUACCGGAGAAAAACCAUUUGCAUGUAGUGUUUGUGGAAAAAAAUUUACUCAAAAUAGUAAUUUACGAUCGCAUAUGCGAACACAUACAGUAGCCCAAGAAAUUAAAGGUUUUUCUGCUUAAAAAAAAUCCAAGUGAAGUUUUUUCACCGAGAUUAUCUUUAUUCGGAUGCAAGAAAUGAUCAACUUUAAUGUCUUUUUUAUCGACAAAAGUUAUUUUUCGGGGUUCAAGCAUAUGUUUACUUAUAAACGACACCUUGUAUAUAUACAGGGCGUUCUGUUAUUGACUGCAGAUCGUCAUCCUGCAGAAUAAGCUCAUAACGACGAAGGAAAAAGUUAUUUUCCACUUUUGGAUCUGAAGCCUACUUUGCGAGAUAAUUAACAAAAUAAAUUAAUAUAUCUUUAGCGAAUCACAGUUCAAUUUUGACCUUGAAUAUUUUUUUAAGCGCACAUGAUUUUGCAAUGUACUUUUCAUGGAUCAUUUCUUGCAUGCAAAUAAAGAUAAUCCCGGUGAAAAUACUUCACUUGGACUUUUUUAAGCAGAUCGCCUGUUUUAUUGUCUAAUUUAUCUGGGCUACAGAGGAAAAACUUUAAGAGUGUUUGAUAUGUGAGAAAGGUUUUCAUGAUUCUAGUAACAUGAAAAAUCAUCAGAAAAAGCAUACUUUGUUGAAUAAUGAGGAAAAUAAAAUUGUAUUAAAUGAUUU